UUUUGUCCCUUAAUUUACACACCAUUUGUCUCUCACAUAUUAUCACACUCAAGACUCGCUUACACAAAACCAUACCCCGCUUUCUCUCUCUCUCUCUCGGAAUUUAGAACCCGAUCACCUGGAUCUCUAACUCGCGCGAUCUGCAAAAAUGCCUCUCAGACUCGAAAUCAAGAGGAAACUUGCUCAAAGAUCAGAGAGAGUAAAGUCAGUCGAUCUACAUCCAACUGAACCAUGGAUUUUAGUGAGUUUGUAUUCAGGGACUGUGUGUAUCUGGAACUACCAGUCACAGACCAUGGCAAAGUCUUUUGAGGUCACUGAAUUACCAGUUAGGUCAGCCAAGUUUAUAGCACGAAAGCAGUGGGUUGUUGCUGGGGCCGAUGACAUGUAUAUUCGUGUGUACAACUACAACACAAUGGAUAAGAUAAAAGUUUUAGAGGCGCAUACAGAUUACAUUAGAUGCGUGGCUGUCCAUCCUACCCUUCCAUAUGUGUUGUCAUCAUCUGAUGACAUGCUUAUAAAACUUUGGGAUUGGGAGAAGGGUUGGGCCUGUACUCAGAUAUUUGAGGGGCAUUCUCAUUAUGUGAUGCAGGUUACUUUUAAUCCAAAAGACACCAACACUUUCGCAAGCGCAUCCCUUGAUCGCACCAUAAAGAUAUGGAAUCUUGGCUCUCCCGACCCAAAUUUCACUCUGGAUGCCCAUCAGAAAGGAGUAAAUUGUGUCGAUUACUUUACUGGUGGAGAUAAACCUUAUCUAAUAACUGGUUCUGAUGAUCACACUGCGAAGGUAUGGGACUAUCAAACUAAAAGUUGCGUCCAGACUUUGGACGGCCAUACACACAAUGUCUCUGCUGUAUGUUUCCAUCCCGAACUUCCAAUAAUAAUUACAGGUUCUGAGGAUGGGACCGUUCGUAUAUGGCAUUCAACAACUUACAGGCUUGAGAACACCUUGAAUUAUGGCCUAGAAAGAGUUUGGGCUGUUGGAUACAUGAAAGGUUCACGCCGUAUUGUGAUUGGGUAUGAUGAAGGAACCAUUAUGGUCAAGAUCGGCCGAGAAGAACCUGUAGCUAGCAUGGACAAUAGUGGAAAGAUUAUAUGGGCCAAGCACAAUGAAAUUCAAACUGUGAACAUUAAGAGUGUGGGGGUAGAUUUUGAGGUCACUGAUGGUGAAAGAUUGCCUUUGGCUGUUAAGGAGUUGGGAACAUGUGAUCUUUACCCCCAAACCUUAAAGCACAAUCCCAAUGGGAGGUUUGUUGUUGUCUGCGGAGAUGGUGAGUACAUCAUAUAUACAGCUUUAGCAUGGAGAAACAGAUCAUUUGGUUCUGCACUUGAAUUCGUUUGGUCUGCUGAUGGUGAAUAUGCUGUUAGAGAAAGUACAUCAAAGAUUAAGAUUUUCAGUAAAAAUUUCCAGGAAAAGAAGAGCAUCCGGCCAACCUUUUCAGCUGAGCGUAUUCACGGAGGAACCCUGUUGGCUAUGUGCUCAAAUGAUUUCAUUUGUUUCUAUGACUGGGCUGAAUGCAGGUUGAUUAGGAGAAUUGAUGUUACUGUGAAAAAUCUCUUUUGGGCUGACAGCGGAGAUUUAGUGGCUAUUGCAAGUGAUACGUCAUUCUACAUCCUCAAAUACAAUCGUGAGAUAGUUUCAUCUUAUUUAGAUAAUGGAAAACCUGUGGAUGAACAAGGUAUUGAGGAUGCAUUUGAGCUUCUUCAUGAAACCAAUGAACGUGUCAGAACUGGCUUAUGGGUUGGGGAUUGUUUUAUAUAUAACAACUCCUCCUGGAGGCUUAAUUAUUGUGUUGGAGGCGAGGUAACCACUAUGUAUCAUCUGGACCGUCCCAUGUACUUACUGGGGUACCUUGCUGGUCAAAGUCGGGUGUAUUUGAUAGACAAAGAAUUCAAUGUCAUGGGGUACACUUUACUCCUUAGCUUAAUUGAGUACAAGACUCUGGUGAUGCGGGGAGAUCUGGAGAGGGCCAGUGAAGUUUUACCUUCAAUUCCUAAAGAACACCAUAAUAGUGUGGCUCGUUUCUUGGAAUCACGAGGCAUGAUAGAGGAUGCUCUGGAAGUAGCUACUGACCCUGAUUACAGAUUUGAGCUAGCUAUUCAGCUUGGUAGAUUAGAGGCUGCGAAGGAAAUUGCCAGUGAAGUGCAGAGUGAGUCAAAGUGGAAACAGUUGGGAGAGUUGGCCAUGUCCAGUGGAAAGUUGGAAAUGGCUGAGGAAUGCAUGAGGCAUGCAACAGACUUGAGUGGUUUGCUGCUACUGUAUUCUUCCUUGGGAGAUGCUGAAGGGAUAUCAAAGCUUGGAUCCUUGGCAAAAGAACAGGGGAAGAUAAAUGUUGCAUUCCUUUGUUUGUUAAUGUUGGGCAAAGUUGAAGACUGCCUCCAGUUGUUGGUGGAAAGCAAUCGGAUACCUGAGGCUGCUUUGAUGGCACGAUCUUAUCUUCCCAGCAAGGUUUCAGAGAUUGUUGCAAUUUGGAGGAAAGACCUGAACAAGGUCAAUCCAAAAGCUGCAGAAUCUCUGGCUGAUCCUGAAGAAUAUCCAAAUUUGUUUGAUGAUUGGCAAGUUGCUUUAUCUGUCGAAUCUAGAGCUGCAGGGACAAGGGGUGUGCAUCCUCCCGCAGAGGACUACCAAUACCAUGCUGAUAAACCUCACAUCACCCUCGUGGAGGCUUUCAGAAACAUGCAAGUAGAAGAGGAGGAACCUCUUGAAAAUGGAGACUUUGAUCAUGAGUCUGAUGAACAGAAUGGAGACGAACAUAAUGCCGAGGAACAGAAUGGUGAAGAAGGGAGCCAAGAGGAAGCAGUUGUGGUGGAUGCAGAUUCCACAGAUGGUGCUGUACUUGUUAAUGGAAACGAACCUGAGGAAGAGUGGGGUACGAAUAAUGAAGAAACCCCGUCAGCCUAAAAGCAAAUUGGUUGGGGCAGUGUGAAAAUCCAAAUUUUGUCUCUGUGCUUACACCACAUCACUAGGUCUUCUUUCAAGUCAAUCGGUCCAGCUGUAUUAAUCCCGUAAGGUGAGCAAAGCAUGCUUUAGAUAUAAUGGAUAGGUUUGUAUAGAGAGAUGAACAAGUUUGAACAGAGCAUCGGUAUGCAACCAGAGGUUGUUUGGUGGAAAAUAUUGAAGAAACUCCACAAGAGUGGGAUCUGGCAGAAAGUUGGACUCACUACACUACACAAUUGAAUAUGUUUUGGAUAGGGCACUUUAGCAUCGUUUAUGUUGAUUGUGCACUGUCAAUUUGGCCUACUCAUUGCUAAGAUUGAUGAUGAUUUUUCACAACAUUUCAAAUGUGGUGAUUUUUUUUUUCUUGCCUUGGAAGUAUGGUUGAUAUUUAGUUUAUAGUUAAAUGACGAUGAAAUGCAGUAAAUUUUUACCUUUGCUACAUGCUUAAAGAACGAGUAACUUAAAAGAUAUCGCUCUAUUUUUCAAUGAUAGUAAAUUUACUUCA